AUGCUAAGAAAAGAGCUUGAUGAAAWRGAUGUUAAGUGCUUCUACUACACCGACUCSGAGAUAGUCAUCGGUUACAUCAACAACGACGCACGUCGCUUCCACGUCUACGUUGGCAAUCGAGUUCAACAUAUAAGAGAUCGCAKCSAACCUUCAGACYGGUAUCACGUGCCCGGCAAAGACAACCCAGCGGAUGAAGCAUCACGAGGUAUGWCUGCCAAACAACUCUCAGAGAACAGUCGUUGGUUCAAAGGGCCGCAGUUUCUAUGGCAACAAGACCCACAGUCAGUACACGCACAAGCCGACCACGCCCUGAGUCCAUCAGAUGUUGAAGUGCGAAGUCGCCCAAUAACGACAUUGGCUACUCAAACCAGCGMAAUCACGUCYUAUCCAAACGCUCUCGAGUCCACACRAUUCAACCAAUCCUCAUCUCUGUCACGCCUCAAACGCAGCAUCAUACGCAUCCAGAGAAUGAUWGAGAAGUUACGACCCAAYAAACAGUACAAYUGGCGACCAGUAGAAGGCCCACCUACUGUCAACGAACUGCUUCAAGCAGAAACCACUAUUCUCAGAGCAGUGCAAUACCAACACUUUCAAGCAGAAAUCAACGCCUUGAAAGAGCUGAAAGGAAAUGAAAGCAAAUUCCUACAGAAUCAGCAUGYCCAUUGCAGAAACUCCAUGCUGAAACGUACAAGUAAUCUAUACAGAUUGGACCCAUUUCUCGACAAAGAAGGACUUGUACGCGUCGGAGGUCGACUAAGCAAUUCAGCAUCACCAUAUGAAAUCAAACAUCCGRUUAUCCUGCCCAAGAACGAUCACGUCACCGCACUUCUCGUACGUGAGUACCAUCACGGGAAGCAGCAUCAAGGAAGAGGGAUAACCCUAAAYGCGAUCAGACAAGCAGGAAUACACAUCAUCGAUGGACGUUCUGUCGUCUCUCAUCAAAUYGCCAAGUGCGUCACGUGCCGYAAACUGCGUGGACGCACACAACAGCAGAAGAUGGCAGAUCUUCCAAGCGAACGCCUAACGCCCGCACCACCCUUCACCUACACCGGGAUGGAUGUGUUUGGCCCAUUCUACAUCAAAGAGGGACGGAAGGAACUAAAGCGCUACGGCCUGAUAUUUACGUGUCUAGCCUCUCGCGCAGUUCACCUGGAAACACUUNUUAACUUUAACUUGUUAAAAUCUGUGUUCUUGUAA